CAUCAGAUCUGUCACUCACUAUGGCUGGUAGAAAGGCAGUGAAAGUUUACCUGGACCUACUAUCGCAACCAUGCAGAGCUGUACAUAUAUUCCUCAAAAUCAACAAAAUACCGCACGCGGUGGAAUACGUUGCGUUACGUAAAGGUGAGCAGAGGAGCCCUGAGUUCACCAAUCUCAACCCAAUGCAGAAGGUGCCUGUGAUGGAUGACAAUGGAUUUGUGCUCACUGAGAGUGAUGCUAUUUUGAAGUAUCUGGCAACAACGUACAAUGUUCCCGAUCACUGGUACCCCAAACAUCCAGAGAGGAGAGCCAAAGUGGAUGAAUACACAGCCUGGCAUCACAUGAACACACGCUUGCAUGCUGCCAAAGUCUUCCUUUUUGAGGUGUUAUUGCCACGCAUGACGGGACAGCCCACAGACGCCGGGAAGGUUGAUAAGGCGUUGGCAGAACUAGAGGAAACACUAGACAAGCUGGAGAAAAUGUUUCUGAAGAGACAAGCUUUCCUUUGUGGUGAUGACAUCUCAUUGGCUGAUUUGUUAGCUAUUUGUGAGCUCAUGCAGCCUCUGGGUGGCAGAAGGGACAUUUUAAAGGACCGACCCAAACUUCUGAGCUGGAAGAGUCGUGUGCAGUCAGCGCUGUCGGAUUCUUUUGAUGAUGCUCACAGCGUUCUCUACCAGUUAAGGGACAAAGCCAAACUGUGAAGCCUUCAUCUCCGUGUUAAUAAUAAUUUAGUCUCUACAAAGAUAACAUUUCAUUAAUAUCGUUAAUUUAACAAAUGGCCAGUGCUUCUGCAAUUUACCUCAUUGGUUAAAAAAAGGAUUUCUGUAUCUUCCAUUCAACAUGGAUUUGCAGUUAAAGUUUCUCAUUUGCCCAAUAUGAUGUUGAAUUAACUGGUUUGAAGUGAAACAUACGGUUAAAGAAAGAUUUUUGUGCCAGUAAUUUCUAUAACUAUAAAAAUUGUGUACAGUACACAAUAGCAAUUGAGUAAACAGAAGUUUCUAACAGGAAUGUUUGCACAUGUAGGCUAAAUAAAUAAAUUAUUAUAAUAAAAUAAAUAAUAAUAAAAAAAUAGAAAGUCAUAAUUAUGUAAUACAUUCUCAACAAAUAUGGACUAGAAAAUGUAAAACCAUUUUAUUGUUGACAAAUACGUAUUUACAGACUUACACAGUGUUAGACAGCGAAUAAAGCUUAUGAAAGGAGUUAAAAAUAGCCACCAGGAAACAGGAAUAAAAUGUGUGUAAUAUCAAGCGGCAGGUUUCCUUUUCGAUGAUGGUUCACCUUCUUCUCCUUGUGCCUUACGUUUCUGUGAUGAAAAACAUCAGUUUAAAACACUUCAAAAUCAACAACAAAUAAAAGACAUUUAAUGAACAGAA